AGCUUUUGCUGCUGCGCGACUCGCUGUCUGGAGCAGCGGGUGGAGGUGGGUAAGCUCGCCGGAGAACCCGUUCGGCUUUCGCCUACCGCCGUCGCCGCCCGCCUAGGACAAGGUGCCACCGAAUGGCUGCAACAAUGGGUUCAAUACCUACCUACCGCUCUUAUCAAACAAAUGGAGUCGGCACGUUAAAGCAAUCACCUCACAUGCAAUUCCAACAAUCUUGCAACUAUGGAGUCAGGUUCCUAAAGAAGGAGACUCUUGCAGUGCGGAAUAACACACAUAUGGCCAAAAGAAGAGCUACAAACAAUGAAAUGCGCACUAAGCCUAGGAGGUCUCACAUGUCUAUCGUAUGCUCUACUGGAAUGACAAUAAUUUUCGUUGCAACGGAAUGUCACCCAUGGUGCAAAACUGGAGGCCUUGGUGAUGUUUUAGGGGGAUUGCCCCCUGCUCUUGCUGCAAUGGGGCACCGAGUCAUGACAAUAGUUCCUCGUUAUGAUCAAUACAAAGAUGCAUGGGAUACAAAUGUUCUUGUUGAGGUCAAUAUUGGUGACAGGACAGAAACAGUGCGCUUCUUCCACUGCUACAAAAGGGGAGUUGACCGUGUUUUUGUUGAUCAUCCUAUGUUUCUUGAGAAGGUAUGGGGCAAGACUGGAGCAAAACUGUAUGGUCCUACCACUGGAGAUGACUAUAGAGAUAACCAGCUGCGGUUCUGCCUUUUAUGCCUAGCUGCAUUGGAGGCUCCAAGGGUUCUCAAUCUCAACAAUUCUGAGUAUUUCUCUGGACCAUAUGGUGAAAAUGUUGUCUUCGUUGCAAAUGACUGGCACACUGGAGUUCUGCCAUGCUAUCUCAAGAGCAUCUAUCAGGCAAAAGGAAUCUAUGUGAAUGCUAAGGUUGUUUUCUGCAUCCACAAUAUUGCCUACCAGGGCAGAUUUGCGAGAGAAGAUUUUGAACUUCUUAAUCUACCGGACAGUUUCCUUCCUUCAUUUGAUUUUAUUGAUGGGCAUCUUAAACCUGUAGUAGGUAGAAAGACUAACUGGAUGAAGGCAGGGAUCACUGAAUGCGAUCUAGUUAUGACGGUUAGUCCACAUUAUGUCAAAGAACUCACUUCAGGUGCAGACACAGGUGUUGAGUUGGAUGGUGUCCUUCGCACAAAGCCCCUCGAAGUUGGAAUUGUGAAUGGCAUGGAUGUUUAUGAAUGGAAUCCAGAAACAGAUAAGUACGUUAGUGUGAAAUAUGAUGCAACAACGGUAACUGAAGCAAGGGCUCUCAAUAAAGAAAGGCUACAAGCUGAAGUUGGGUUGCCUGUGGAUUCGAGCAUUCCUUUGAUUGUUUUUGUUGGUCGUCUUGAAGAGCAGAAAGGGUCAGACAUAUUAAUUGCAGCCAUUCCAGAGUUUGUGGAGGAAAAUGUUCAGAUAAUUGUUCUUGGUACAGGGAAGAAGAAAAUGGAGGAGGAACUAGUGCUGCUUGAAGUUAAAUAUCCACAAAAUGCUAGAGGGAUAGCAAAAUUUAAUGUUCCUUUAGCGCAUAUGAUGUUUGCUGGGGCUGAUUUUAUAAUUGUUCCUAGUAGAUUCGAGCCGUGUGGUCUCAUCCAAUUGCAAGGGAUGAGAUAUGGAGUGAUUCCCAUCUGCUCAUCUACUGGAGGACUUGUUGACACAGUUAAGGAAGGCGUGACCGGAUUCCACAUGGGUUCGUUCAAUGUCGAGUGUGAAACUGUCGAUCCAGCAGACGUCACUGCGGUUGCUUCAACUGUCAAACGGGCUCUGAAGCAGUAUGGUACACCGGCAUUCCAAGAAAUGGUUCAAAACUGCAUGGCGCAAGACCUAUCUUGGAAGGGACCUGCAAAGAAGUGGGAGGAGGUUCUUCUUGGCUUGGGUGUUGAGGGGAGCCAACCAGGCAUCGAGGGUGAGGAGGUGGCGCCACUUGCCAAGGAAAACGUGGCUACUCCCUGAAAAUCUCCAUGACGUGCCUAGGUUUGCCAUGCUGCUUUUAGGAGAUAGCAGCAUUUAUAGGCUCCCAUGGAAUUCAAAGCCACUCCCUGGAGGCUUUUGCCAUUCACGUGUAAUAUAAUCCCAGAUGCUACCUCGAGAUCGUUGUGAAGUUCUGGAGUUUGUGCAGUGCCUGCCCUCGACUAUCUACUGUACUUUUUUACAACUAGCUAUGUUGAAGUAUCUAGUUUGGUUUACUAUUGCAAA